GGUUAAAUAAAGGUGGGGGGAAAAAACGAGUGCUCUGAAAUUGGAGUAGAUAUCCAGAGUUCAUUUACGAACGCACCCGAGAGUGCUCUGAAAUCUGAGUAGAUUGCCACAAUGAAUAUACAAGCGCACCCCUACUCCGAUUUCAGUACCACAACGCAGAAAAACUAGCUAAUGAAUUUAUGAACGCACAACACCUGUUGAAUAUUACAUAUGUAUCAGGAAAAAAACGUUAUUAAAUUGUUGCCAGCAGCGCUGUUACAGUCACCAACUGUCUAGAUGACAUGAAAACAGCUUAACCUGCUCUGCUAGCGCGAGUUAAAUGGUUAGAGUGAGGUGUUCUCUCAUUUAUGUCUGGAAGUAACUAGCAAGCUAGCCAACUUUAGCCAGUUUUCUUGGGUGCUCGACUGCCGUUGUGAAGUCAGAACGCUCGGAUCAACCCUAAUCCUCGGCCAGAGCGUCAACUGUGCGCUCUGAAUUUACGAACGAACAAUCUGACAUUUCUCUAAAUUUACGAACGCACAGAGCGUCCAGUGCAAAUUUACGAACACACCCCAAGUUGAUCGCGAGGCAGCGGCAGGUAGGCGACGUGAUAAAAUAACAUGAUAAUGUAUGCACAUAUUUUGAGCUGCUAAUCGUGGAUAUUGCGUUUACUUUAUAAAACCGUAUCUAAUUAGUAGUAAGUAAAGUCGUUGUUAACUUCGCAUCCAGUGCAUAGUUGACAGCAUAUUUGCGAGAAGGUUCAAAUGAUUGUCUUACUAGUGGUCAUGUCAGCUCUUAUGUCAUGUUUAUGCCAUUGUUUGGCUAUAUCCAUGUCAUAAUGAGGUGUUAUUGUUAACCCUUUGACUUUGCACUUGUCUCCCAAUGAAGAAAUGGUCUGUGUGCACUGUGUUCAGAGACAUUUAAAGGAAAGUACAAUAACCCUGUGGAGGCUGCUGAGGGGAGCAAGGCACAUAAUAAUGGCUAGAAAGGAGCUAAUGGAAUGGUAUCUUACACAUGGAAACCAUAUUGUAUGUAUUUGACACCAUUCCACCUCUUCCACUCCAGCCAUUACCACGAGUCUGUCAUCCCCAAUUAAGGUGCCACCAACCUUCUCAACAGUCAUUUUUGUGUUAUGCUUCAGCAACUCGCGUAUCCAUGGCUACCCGGAUGAUGCAACUCGCUCAGCCCAAACCCAGCCUGCUCCGAUUCCCUGACCGACGGUCAGUCUACUGGCUAGAUGAACUCUCACCUGAAAGAAAUGGCUCCACCACCACGUUUGAGUUGACGCCCCACUGGUCCCAGCUGUGUGGCAGGAAGCGGCUUAAUUCUGGGUUCGAACAGAGCAGGUUAUCUCCCCAAUGGGAGGUCAGUGUAGCAGCUUUGAGUGCCUAUCCAUCCAAUAGAGUGUGUUCUCUGGCUUUGCCCCGCCUCCCCACCAUAAGCUGGGAACCUGACCGCCCCCUACUGGCCUCCCUGAGCAGAGUGGUGCAGACUGCAGUAGCCAGUCCUAGGGUCUGCCAGUUGGCCUGUCCCAAGCGGAGGCAGGGUCUCUAUUCGCCCCAUUCGUCCAAGACCUCACUGGCACUCCCCCACCAAGCUGCAACCUCCUCCCGACUACAGCUCCUCGCCCUCCCUAAGUCUGACCACCCCCAGUAUGCCCAGGACCGUCCAGUCAUCUGGCCAGUGCCUGGGCCAGUGAGGAAGGCAGUAGCCAGUGAGAGGGUGCAGGUCCUUUCACAGCCCAACCAGCGGAAGGCGCUGUUCCAAGGCUACAACCCGUACACGGUUACCCUAGCUGCACGCUCCGCUAGCGCCUCGCCGCGCCUACAGGAGCUUUGUCUGCCCCUGCCGCGGAAAUGCAAGGGCAAAUAGACGAAUGCAUCUCAUCUCACACCUCUACAGUACCUCCAGCCGCCUCUUCUUCAGAUACUCUGUCUCCUGUACAGCAUGUCCCUGAUCACACUGCUUCAUAAUAAAGACCCUCUGUGAUCUCA